GGCGUCUCAAUCUCACUCUUACCACCCGAUUCUCCCGUGCGCUUUACUACUACUGUUUCUAAUGACUACCUUCUCUUCUUUUGGCUUCAAUGUCUCUGCCUCCAAUUUUUCCUUAGAGGAAGCAACGGUGGCAGAGCUACAGCAGGCCUUCAAACAGAACACCCUAACCUCUACGCAGCUUGUCGAAUUCUAUCUCUCACAGAUUCUUAAACUCAAUUCAAAGAUUCGAGGUAUUAUUGAGGUGAACCCUGAUGUGCUCGCCCUCGCCGAACAGGCCGACAAUGAAAGGAAGGCCGGGGCUCCUAUCUCCACGUCCGCGUUGCAUGGCAUACCGGUGCUGGUCAAGGACAAUAUAGCCACAAAAGACAAGCUUAACACCACCGCCGGUUCCUUUGCACUGUUGGGCUCUGUUGUCCCUCGUGACGCUGGUGUUGUGGCGAAGCUUAGAGCUGCCGGUGCCAUCAUCUUUGGAAAAGCUGCUCUUAGCGAGUGGGCUCAUUAUCGUCCUGGACCCAACGGUUGGAGCGCUCGAGGUGGCCAAGCCCUGAACCCGUAUGUAAUGUCGGCGGAUCCUCAUGGGUCAAGUACUGGAUCAGCAAUAUCAGUGGCAACAAAUAUGGUAGCAGUGUCACUCGGGACUGAGACAGACGGUUCAAUACUCGGUCCAGCAUUUGCUAACUCAGUGGUUGGAAUCAAACCCACUCUCGGACUCACUAGCCGAGCUGGGGUCGUUCCCAUUAGUCCCAGGCAGGACACCAUUGGGCCAAUCUGUCGCACAGUGUCGGAUGCAGCAUAUGUACUUGAUGCAAUUGCAGGCUACGAUCCUUACGACAACGCGACUUUAUUGGCGUCAAAGUUCAUUCCCUCGGGUGGCUACAAGCAAUUCUUGAAUGCAAGUGGACUUAAAGGGAAGAGAUUGGGAAUAGUGAGGAAUCCAUUCUUCAACUUCCCCAACAGCACCUAUUUGGGGCAAGCUUUCAACAAUCAUUUCCAACAACUAAGCCAAAACGGAGCAAUUUUGGUAGAUAAUUUGCAAAUAGCCAACAUCAGCGUAAUACUGAAUUCCAGUGAAAGUGGUGAAUCAAUUGCAUUGUCGACCGAGUUCAAGAUCGCUUUGAAUUCUUACCUUUCAGAAUUGGUUUCUUCUCCAAUCAGAACACUGGCAGAUGCAAUAGCCUUCAACCUGAACCACUCUACCUUGGAAAUGAUUCCAGAAUUUGGGCAAGCCGUCUUUUUAGCAGCUGAGAACACCACAGAUACCAGCAAUCCUGCAUAUCAAGCAGCACUAAAGAGUAUGCAAAGCUUGACAGAAAAUGGAAUUGUGAAACUAAUGACAGAGAAUAACUUGGAUGCAUUGGUUACUGCAAAUUCUACUGUUACCCCUUUGCUAGCAAUUGGGGGAUUCCCAGGAAUUAGUGUUCCAGCUGGUUAUGAAGUAGAUGGAACACCAUUCGGCAUCUGUUUUAGUGGAUUGCAGGGUUAUGAGCCAAGGUUGAUUGAAAUUGCUUAUGCUUUCGAGCAAGCUACAAAGGCCAGGAAGCCUCCAUCAUACCUAGUUUAAGAAACCCCUCCCUCUAAGGA